AUGCUAAACAAUAUCUUACAUCUUGUUUUAUUCAUUAUUUUUUCGACAUGUUCAUCUACAUUACUUUGGCGUAUUGAAACAUCACCUCCAUCAUAUAUUUUUGGUACAAUUCAUAUUCCUUAUAAUCUUGUUUGGCCAUAUGUAUCAAAAGAAAUUCGACAAGCAUUUAUGUCAAGCACACAUUUUUAUGCAGAAAUCGAUGUAAAAAAUGAUGCAUUUUGGGAUGAUUUUCUUCUAUGUUUAGUUAAUCGAUCAAAACGAAUCGAACGAUCAACUAAUUCUGCCACUAGAGGUGAAUUACUUGAUGUUUAUUUAUUAGUAGAAGCUCGCCGUUUAAAUAAAACUGUAGGUAGUUUAGAAUCAGCUGAAUAUCAUUGUGAACAAGAUGGUUGGCGUUAUAAUUUAACAACAUGGAUAAUAAUGUUGGACUAUAUUAAAAAUAGAAUGAAAAAUGCAAGAUUUAGUAUUGAUGAUAUAAAACAUUAUGUAAAUGAAUCGAUAAUAAACGAUUAUAUUUGUAAUGAAAUUGAUAGUAAAUAUAUGAAAAUUUUAUUUAUAACAAAUGAUGAAAUUCGACGUAUUGAUCAACGUGAUGAACAAAUAUCAAGAAAUAUUCAUAGAUUAUUAUAUUAUUCAAAUAAUAAUCGAUAUUUUUUUGCUAUUGGUGCUGGACACAUGCUUGGUAAACGUCAAAAUUUGAUAGUUCAAUUAAAAAAAUUUGGAUAUAAAAUUACUCGAAUUUGUACAUAUCAAAAUCAUAUUAAGAAAAAAUUUGGUUGUAAGAAAAAGAUAAAUAUGAAGAACUGUUUAAAAAGAAAAGCAUUCGUAAAACAAUAA